AUGGUCAAAAAUGAUUCACAUGAAUGGCAUCCUUAUAUUCAUCAGUAUGGUUACUAUGAUCCAGUAACUGCUGGUAGUAUAGACGGUACGGAUACAAUACCACAUGACCGUGCGGUACAUCGCGCUUUGUCUUCAUCUUAUAAGCCUAAAUGCCAGAUGCAUAAUUGGAAUCCUAAGGCCAUUAUAUUUAUUGGGAGAUUACCAUAUUAUACUACUGAAAUUUGUCUACAAAAAGCACUGAAUAAAUUACUGACUAUGCAUAGAAAAGAGAAGCAAUCAUUUCGACGACGUAAUCGUAGUCGUUCACCAUUUGCUUCAGAUAAACAUGAUGAUAGUGAUGAAGAAGGCGACGCUGAUGAUAUAUGGCCAAAGGUGAAUAUUGUUCAUAAUGUAGUCACUGGUUAUCCAUGUGGUUAUGCAUUUGCUCAUUUCGCUUCAGAAGUUGAUGCCGAUAGGGUGUUGCGUAAUUGGUAUAGUCAAACUGCUACUGAUACAAAUACCACUUCCACUACUACUUCAAAUACAUCGCAUCGAAGAAUAAGAAAUGAUAAACAUUGUGGUUUAGAUAUACCUAACGGUGAAAAGGUUAUAUUGGAGCCGUAUUUCAGUGGAACUCUACCAGGUUGGAGACCUCGUCGUCUUGGUGGUGGUUUAGGCGGUCGUAAAGAAGCUGGACAGUUACGAUUUGGCGGUAUUGCUCGUCCAUUUCGACGACCUAUUCUUACAAGUAUUCGUCAAUAA